AUGAGGGUAUCUACUCAGCCAGCCGACAUACUACUGGGAAGGCCUUGGCAGUUUGAUAGGCGUGUCAUCCAUGAUGGCUUCACCAACAAACAUUCUUUUGAGUUCAACGGCAAGCGAACUGUCUUGGUACCUCUAACUCCUAAAGAAGUGCAUGAAGAUCAGCUUCAGCUUCAGAAAAAGAAAGAGAUUGAUCUCAAACCAGAUAAGCAACACAACUUCUAUGCUAAAGCUAAAUCUCUUUUAUCUCUAACUGAUUGUACACCGGUGUAUCCGAGUGAGAUGUCAGCUCUUUUACAGGAAUACCAGGAUGUAUUUCCAGAAGAUAAUCCCAUAGGUUUGCCACCUAUUCGAGGGAUUGAGCAUCAGAUUGAUUUUGUACCAGAAGCUACUCUUCCCAACAGACCAGCAUACAGAACUAAUCCUGUGGAAACUAAGGAGCUACAAAGACAGGUUGAGGAACUGAUGGAGAAAGGCCAUAUCCGUGAGAGUAUGAGCCCCUGUGCUGUGCCUGUGCUCCUUGUUUGUUUGUGGUAG